AUGCCGAUCUCGCCACGCAAAGCUACGGUUCGCGUCGCAUAGAACCGUGUAGCUGUCGACGGUCGCCUUUUGCCUUCCGCCAUGUUUUGAUCAUCUACGUUCGUUCCCGCCGCAAUGCGCUGACCUUGCGACGCCGUGCGACAGUUGGCCUACGUCGCAAGUGGAGCUCUCGCAGCCGUCGGAGCAUCUCAGCAUGCGCAUGAGGCGCUCUGCAACGACACAAGUAGACUGUGUCUGCAGCGUGGCAACUCAGAUCAACGAGAGACACAUGUCUCUCCGCGAAGUUGA